AUGAACGCUAUAGACUCUGCAGAUUCUUUCUGGGGCCCUCCAACUUCGAAGGCCAACUUCUGCGAGACAGACUACGCUGUGAGCAAAUAUAUCGCCGAGUUUGUCAAUAGCUUGACAAAUGUCGUCUACAUAAUCUACGGCAUCUACGGUUUGCGCCGGCUGCGACAGAAAGCGAACAAACAUGGUGAUCCUUUACGUGUCCUUCCCUACUGGGGCUUAAUAGCGGUCGGUCUGUGUUCGUUUGCAUUCCAUCUCAGCCUUAAGUACCAUACCCAAAUGAUGGACGACCUCUCUAUGCAUUUCGCUACAACCCCCGUCCUACAUCGUGUCUUAACAGCUAAUUCCAAUCGCCGAGACUCUAUCGUCAUUGCUAUGCUUCUUGGUUCUAUGUUGCUGUUUCUGAUAACAUUCCAUGUGAUCACCGAUGAGCUGGUCCUGCACUCCGUCUCAUUCGUCGGCGCGGUGACCGCUAUUGGAGUUCACACUAUUCGACUCGUCAAUAGCCGGACGCUGCCGGACUCAGCUGCCCGGCGGCAGAUCUGGGGAAUGGUUAGGUUUGGAGCAGCGAUUUUCAACCUUGGGUAUUGGCUUUGGCUGGUUGAUCAGUGGGCCUGCGGCUUCUUGACAAAAGCGAGAGAAGCAAUAGGUCUUCCCUGGGCUUUUGCAUUAGAGCUUCACGGGUGGUGGCAUAUCUGUACUGGAAUAGGGGCCUAUAUCUUUAUCGCCGUGGUAGAUCACCUGGUCUCCGGUGAGGAUAUAAGAGAUACCCAGCAGUCAUUCGCCUGGCCUGCUUCCUGGGCGUCGACAUCAAUUUUCGCAGGAUGGGGAUCGUCUAUAGACAAGGAGGUUAGCGAGAAACAAAAGUAA